UCGGUCUCUUGUGACUUUGCCAAGGCGUCACGAAUGCGAGCCAGCCGUGGCCUCAGCGAAAGCCCAAGGGCAAGCCAAGCUGAGAGUGGGCCAAGACGGAGAACGCCAAGUUCUCGCCGGUUGCCGAGUCCCCACUUGGACGGGACGAUCAUGCUCCACUGGGGACUUCUUCCCGAAAGAAGCAUAGCCGCAUUGAUGUCGGUUCACUUUCUGACGAACAUUGACCGUGAGGCGACAUUCGUCCCGCCGUCCUUUCGCCCUUUACCAGAUGUGCCAGAGCAUCAGCGCAUCACGGAUUGGAUCUCGGCACCGAGACUCCCUCCUAAGAGGUCGCAACGAGGCCGUCGACGCGGGCAGGCUCACCGCCUCGCCAGCACGAACGGAGAGCAAAAGGUACAUACGACCAGUUGGAUUGGAAGCACGGGAUGGCGGGGCUGCUUGGUGCUCGAAGCUGGUCUCUGCUGACUGUCCCCUGCGGUGGUAUCUGCGCAUCACAGCGGUUCUUGCGGGUCCACGACUGCUGCACAACGUGAGAAGCAGGAUGCCCAUCGUUGUCUCUGUGCUAGGCUCGCGGCUGGGCGGUUCUCCUGCGGUGUUCGUUGGAAGGUCUUCCUCUUCCAUCAGCGCCCUGCGGAGAGCGGGCCAAAUGCCGAUAAGCUUCUCGAAACCAGGCAGUGUGUCUUGCGGAUUAGCCUUACAGUUUAAGCGGCAUUCAACCUCUUCCCCGCCAUUUUCCAUGGGGCACAGAGGGAAACCGGGAAUCAGGGUCACAUCCAUCCAACCACGGGUGCUGGCGAACCAUGUCUUGCCGUGUCAGACGGGGACCCUUGGCGGCACUCACACGCCAUUGUUUCAUUGGUGCCUCUCCAAAUCCUCUGUAACGUCGAGUCUGCUGGGCUUGCCGUGGUGGAGCGUACCACAGCAGAGGCAAAUUCCUUUUUAACAUCGAGGUCCGUUGUGACGCGUUCUUGGUCUGGACUCGGUGAUUCAGGGCCCACGCUCGAGCGAGUUCCAAGGAGAGUGCGCAUAUUCGAAUCGUUCCGGAGAGAGGCGGCAGUUUUUGUCGAUGUACGAAAGAGGCGCACAAGUCAACACGUCUCUUACACAGUAAAGAACCACCCCCUUCCCCACUAGUUUU